ACUUGAAGUAGAGCAGAGAUGAGAAGCAGGAAGCAACACAGCACCGAGCUACCGGAUGGAAACACAUCUCAGUCAUGUGAGUAGACAUGACAGAAACAGCCUUCUUUAAGUUAUUUGUGGCAGUAGUGAUCACAUUCAUUUUAGUCCUGCCAGAAUUUUUCAAGACACCAAAAGAGAGAACACAAGAACUCUGCUGUCGGGAAGUGUGUUUACUACCUAAUUUCACCUAUCCACUUUCCUCCUUCAAUUUUUCUUCUGUCGCUCUUCGGCAACCAGCAGAGGAAACACAGGCUAUUAUGGCAAUGUUUCCAAAUCUCUCCAGUUUCCAAAGCUUCACUGAGGUUUGCCACGGCAUCACAAGUGAAUCUCCGAUGUGCUUCUUAUGUCUGGUUUGUGAAUCCAAAGGAGACACGGAUUUAAUUUCUCAAGAACAAACAUCAAAAGGCCUCAUCAUGAGGGGAUCCAUGGAAGCAGAGGCAAACGGCUUUUACUCAUCAUGCCAGCAUUUUAACGUCACUGUCGCUCUUCUAAUUGACCCUGUGAAGGGACACAACACUACCUGCAUCCCCGAAACCCACCCUGAAACAUCCACAACUGUGGAAGAAGCUCCAACCAGGGAAAAGUCUCUAAACCAUACUUGUAGAGUUAUGAAAACCACGAGCAAUUGCACUCACAUUUCCUUGCACCUAGAAACGGACCUAAAACCCGUUACUUGUUCCAUGAAGAUAACCUGGUAUAUUUUAGUGCUGUUAGUUUUUAUGCUCAGCAUCAUCCUUAUUAUCCACAAAAUACUCGAAGACCACAGGAGAGUGCAAAGGUGGCAAAGUCAUAUGUACAAAUCUACAUCCGUUCUCUUAAGAGGGAGUGACUCUGUGAAGCCGAGCUCUCUGAACGUCAGGGUUAUCCCAGAGUCCACUCGAGAGGUGCCCUUACCACGGGUCAUGGAGGUGCUCCCCACAAUACCAGAACUGGAAGUCACUUCUGCAGUACACCAGCAAGAUCAAUAUACACGGUGAGUUUUGCUCAGCCUUAUUGACUGUUUGACU